UUUACACUGUUUCAUAGGAGGUGUAAAAAGAGCAGCACCAGAACGAGUAGAUCCAUGAAGAUCAUGAGUCAGGGAAAGAUGAAGUUGAAGAUGGAAAUAUGUAGAAUGAUCGCAUCCAUUGAAGCGCGGCUGAAGUAGUUUUUUGAAGCUAGUACUUGCUACUAGUACCUGCUAGUCUGCAAAAAUGUUGGGCCCCGUGCCCCUUCCCUUGCCGGAGGAGGUGCAGAGGGAACUCUUCCCCGACGGCGUACCUCCAGCUCUUCGAAAAAAGGACUCUAGUACUAAGCAUUGUUCCACGAAAAGAACUACAAGUGCCAAAGCUAGCCCGACGAGUGAAGGAUGUAGUACUCCUGGCAAAGCACGAGGAGGCUCUUCGUCUUCGUCAUCGUCUUCAAGGCGUGGUCGAGAAAAGAACGGAGUACUAGUCGAAGGUUCUCUUGAAUCCUCGAAGGAGCAUGUUGAGAGAAGUAGAAGUAGAGCGAGGAACAGAAAGACAGCAUCUUCUAGUUCUUCUGCAUCUUCAAGUAGCAGUGGAUCUUCAAGUGCAAGAUCAUCUUCAUCAAGGAAACUUGAGCAAAGAGGAGUCUCUUUCUCCACUGCUACGCCAUCCCCUUCCUCUUCGUCGUUUUUGGGUCGAGUCUUCAGCACAAGCUGGAUUCCAGGGCUCAGAGGUUCCUCCUCUUCAUCAAGCAGUACGAGCAAUUAUGAAAGGAGGACAACCACAACACGAGAAGCAAAUACUUCAACUUCUUCUAAUAUGCCUGCUUAUUUGCCAGACAAGGGUCGAAGGAGAGGAGGAGGUGGACAGGAGGAUGACUCAAGGAGUAGAAGUAGCAGCUCUGCUUCUUGGAACUCAUCAUCGGAAAGUGUCUCAUCCAAUGACUCUAAGCUCACCAAGAAGACAGAUGGGUUCUUCACUGCAUCGUCUAGUGAGGCAGAUGAGAGGACGCCGCCCGCGGAGCAUGCUGAAGCUGAAACUUCAAACGGGACGAGGACAACUAGGAGAAAGACGGGCUCGAAGACCAAGCUGGAUAAAAUGAGCAUCAGGCUUGACAAAAUCUCGAGCACAACAGGUCUAGCAUCUUCGUCAUCAAAUAACGUCUCCCUAGCUGGCUCAAAAACAACCACUGCAGGUGGAACAUCAUCUAGUAAAGUGACGAAUACUAGUACUGAUGUCGAGCCCAUGGAGACCACAACAGUACACCCUCAGAAACCUCCAGACUCAGCGAGAAGUAUUCGACUCGACCUGUUCGAAAUCGGUGAUGGCGUUAAGAUAGUCAAAACAGUUGACGAAGAAGAGGGGGAAGCUUCACCGAUAGAAGAUGUAACCCCAAUUAUACCAGUAGCAGGAGAAGAAGUACCCAAGGACUCAUCGCAGCAGAUGCAGAAAGGCACAGCGGAGGAAGAUGAAGCGUCUUCAAGGACGAGAACAAGAAUAGGCAUGAGUACUCCACCGGUUACUAGGAGCACAGCAACAGAUGACGCGACCGCGAGCACCACCAAGAACAAACCUCGUGCUCGCGUAUCGAUGCCAUCGAACGAGAAUGGUGAGACCAUAGGUUCUGAAAACGCAAGUUCUAGUGCAAGUUCUAGUGCUAGGGGGAGGCGGUCAGUCUCAUCCUGCGGUAAGAGGUGUGGAAGUCGAGAUAGAAGUUCUCUUUCACCUACGAAGCAAGCGAGUCCUUCGACAGCGACCGCGAGAGCAAAAGUAGAUUUAGAACAGGAAAAGGAAGCUGGAGGACCAACGUCGCGCUCAAGUAGGAGCGGUCAUACACCUGAUAGACCACGAGAAGAAGUAGAAGAACGAGAGAAAGGAGACUCACGAUCAACAAGAAGACGUCGAAGAAGUAGAACACCACUAGACGAAGGUUCAACUUCGGUACCAAGAGGCUUUUCUCCAGGAAGAGGCGGCUCGUCUCCUGGCGGCGGGCAUAGCAAGAGAAGAACGGCUAAAACCUCCUCGUCCGAGAAGAGGAGAAGAGAACGACAAGGGGAAGAUGUUCACAAAUGCAGUGGUGCUGUUUCGACAUCCUCAUCUUCAUCAGGAGAUCAUAGAAAAUCUCCUUCUACGGGCUCUUCUGGAGUCCAGUCACCUUCAGCACACUUUCAUACUGGCACGUCCUCCCCUUCCUCAUCUCCUACAAUGCGGACAAGUGGUGGUGUUCUACAUAAACCGAGCACGAGUUCAGCUGCAGGAGAAACGUCUAAUGCGCUAAUGGGCAUACGAGUCUUCCAAGGUGCGAUAUCCUGUGGCCUCAGUGGCGAUGUAGGUGCGUUUUUACAAGACGUCGCGUUGAGAAUAUCGAUCGGCAUGGCGAUAGUAGCAGGUUUGGUUCUUUUGAAGUUACGCACGAAUUGUAUCAUAUUGUAUUGCAUUGUAUUGUAAAUCCUGAAGGUACCACCAACGCCAAAAGGACUGAAAUUCCACACAACUCCCGUCAACCCUCUUUCAUGCUUUACGUCGAUGCAGAACAUCGCGACGAUGAAGACCUUUCUCGUCUCUUGGCGCAUCUACAGUCGGCAUUUGCUGAUAUUUUUCCUCUACCUUGGCCUCUACAUGGUCAGCAGCAUGCUUGUGCAGUUCUACUUUAUCGCCUAUUGGUGGGUAACCUCGGGACUCCUCCAAAUCUUGUACGAGUUUGGGAAAGAGAGCUAUCCUUUGGCCAGUGAGUUUUUCCCGGUAAGCUACGUUGCUGUGCUGCUCGGCUGGAUUCUGGUGGUGCCGUGUGUCUAUCCCGUGCUGUUCUUGAUUUAUGAUUCUUGCAAGCUGUACUUCUUGUACGUGUAGUUUUACUUUACUUAGUAGAUCUUCCAUCAUCUCGACUCCAGUACUCGUCGACCACUUCUUGCUCGUCCUUGGCCUUGAUCCAUAUAGUUUAGAAUCCUGUGUUUGAUCCUUACCACUAGGAUUAACAUUCUUCUCCUCUAACUCCCGCUCGGCGUUUCCGCUCUUGUUAUCGCAUGGUGGGCGACGUACAUUUUCUCGUUGACCGUCAUCCGAAUUUUCAAAUUCGAGAAGCGAUUUCACCUAUGGCGAGACAUUCAGUACGAAAAACUACGACAAGAAGAAGAGCUGAAAUCGUCUGGGGGUGGUUCAACUGGCGAUGCUUCUAGGACGAGUACUACUGGCGUUGGCAGUGGAGGUGGUGAGUGAGUUGUUUUGCUGAGCCAAGGGAUCUUCGGGUGUUGGUGUUGUACUAAGCGCGAUGAAAUCAAAUAGGAAUACUUCUAUCUCGAACUCUAGUAUCAUGGGACGCCCGAUUCAGUUUCAGGUGGGGUUUUUGAGUGAAUCGUCUCUUCUAGUGUUGGAAGUUGUGAGCAUUCCUUCGCGUUCAACAGUAGAUUCAUCGCUUCUUCGUUACUUCAUUGCCUUAGUAUCUAUUAGUUAUCUGCUUAUAAAUAUGAUAAAUACGAUUUUUUUUCGUCAUUUUCUCACUCACACUCACUUUUACUACAUCACUGUGUACUUGUUGUCUAUGCUGUCAUGAAGACAGACUCCGGGUGGUCGAUAAAGAACGACCUUAUUCAUUCCUUUGUAUUUUAUGUGCCGGGAAGAUACCGAGUUGCAUGCCCCAUUAUGACGAUGACAUAGGAAAUUCCGGUUGCCGUUUUGUUAUUGCCAGCACUUCUACUUCUUGAGUUGUACCUGCACCAGAGUCAUAAAAAUUGUGCGUGUCUGUGAAACUGAACAUCUUCACCCCACUCGACGUCCUUUAGAGUAUAGACACGUUUCGAACUACGUGAUAGUCAAGUUUUGAUUCAGGCGCAAUUUUGUGACGGGGACGGGAUCGGACGCAUCCGCCACUAUACGAGGGUUUAUGUAU